CUCUUCGGGGUUUCGCUGCGUUUUCAAAACUUCCCUUUAUUAAAGAAUUUCGUCGCAGGCGGACGCUGCAAACUCGCGGCACAACAGACCCCCCAAAAAAAACAACAUGACUCCGGAGGGAACAGCCACAGGAGCUUCUGCUCGAAGUAUGGGGCUAGAGAAAGGAAGAAGUGAAGAUGGGGCUCACCCAAGAGGGAAGUGGGGCAACAAAAUGGCGUUUAUGUUCUGCGCUAUCGGGGUCAUGGUUGGUCCUGGAUGUAUUUCGCGUUUCCCCUUUCAUCUCUCUGUCCAUGGAGGAGUUGUUUUCCUCAUCCCUUACUGCUUCAUGCUCUACUUCUGUGGCUUCCCCUUGUUCUUCAUGGAGCUAGCACUGGGCCAGUACACCAGCGAGGGUGCAGUUACAGCCUGGAGGAAGAUUUGCCCCAUGUUUGAGGGGGUUGGAGUUGCGUGUCAAGUGUACGUGUUUUACAUUAUCACCUCGUUCAUUGUGAUAAUUGCCUGGGUAAACAUCUACUUCAUAUACUCCUUCAUGAGUCCCCUGGCCUGGUCCACGUGUGACAACUGGUGGAACUCUGAAGAGUGUAAGAUUCCCACGCCUGACUGGUCAUUCAUAAAUCACAACAUCUCAGCGGGCGACUACGAUCCCUAUUACAACAUCUCCGUAGACUCUUCAUGGCCCACGUCACCGGACAACGAGUUCUGGAAACUCCGUGUGAUAAGACAGUCACCUGACUUUUCCCUGGGUAUGGUUCACUGGGACAUGGCUCUGUGUCUCCUGGCUGCCUGGGUUAUAUGUUACUUCUGUGUAUUUAAAGGGAUCAAAUACACAGGAAUGGUGGUCUACUUAACAGCUACCCUCCCCUACCUGAUACUGGUGAUCAUCUUCUUCCGUGUUGUGACACUCCCUGGAGCUUUUAGCGGCCUGCAACAUUACUUCUAUCCCGAUUUUAAAGUGCUUGCUGACAUAAAUGUCUGGGUUAGCGCACUAACACUUGUGAUGUACACCGUCGCUGUGAGUCACGGAGUAAUGAUUGCUUUGGGAAGCUACAACAAAUACAACAACGACUGCUACAGGGACUCCUACACGCUGUUCGGUGUGACCAUCGCUACCAAUGUGGCUUUCGCUGUUGUUGUGAGUUCACUGAUGGGAUUCCUGGCUGAGUUCAGGCAAAUGUCGGUCCAUGACGUUGUUUCUGGUGGUACUUCACAAAUCUUCCUGGCCAUUCCCGACGCUCUGGCGCACUUACCCGGUGCACGUUUUUGGGCUGUGCUCUUCUUUCUCAUGAUGUUCUUGCUGAGCAUCGACACACAGUUUUUGUUUAUGGAGGGUUUGGUCACAGCUGUCACAGACAUGUUCCCUCAUCGCCUGCGUGGAAGCAGAGAGAAGCUCACCCUGGUCAUAGUUGUCGUUUGCUUUCUGCUUGGGCUGCCAUUUAUCGCUGAGGGAGGGUUGUUACUCUUUUACCUGGUUGACCAUUUCGCUAUGAAUGUAACCUGUUAUUUCUUCAUUGCUUGUUUCGAGACUGUUAUCAUCGGCUGGGUUUAUGGAGCAGACCGCUUCCUGGACAACAUAGAGGAUAUGAUCGGGUAUCGGCCGUACCCUGUGAUUAAGUACUGCUGGUUGUUCGUCACGCCGCUCAUCUGCGGGAUUGCUUUUCGGUAUAACGAGAUCUUCCCGGCCUCUUUCUGGUUUGAGGAUUAUCAACCCUCUCUGUCGUAUUACAUUUUUGGUGCCAUUCUCCUGGUCGCUCCGCUGAUCUGCAUCCCGGUGUACAUUCUGCUCACACUGUAUAGGAAUGGCAACAACAUGGCGACACCGUCCAGCAACUUGCGUCAGGCCCGGCCUCACAAGCCACUGCUGUCGCUGUGUAAGCGCGUCAUCUUCAGCGCGCCGCCGACCAGGACUGUGGACGAAGGGAACGAGAAGAUAAUGAUGGGGGAACCCAGCGGAGUUUGAAGGUUUUUUCAAUGACACUCCACACCAUGUAAACAAUGGCAAUAAUGAAUUGUACCAAUCUGUGAUGACUAUACACAUCAUUUGAAUGACUUGUGAAGUUUCUUUACAAAUGUUUAAGUCAGGGAGGGCUUUGUUGUUGUUGUUGUUGUUGUUGUUGUUGCUUUUCCAUCUAUUAACCUGUGUACGAUUUGUGUAAUGAAUGUGGACAUAGCUUCAACAGCCCAUGAUGCCAAUUUUGUGAAAUAGGUCGUCAUUAAAAUGGAAGGUAGCGCAUGAGAGAGUGUACACCAGUGUGAUUGACGCCUGAUAUCGUGCAUUAGGUACUUGUCUGUGAACUACCGUUUGCAAAAACUGUCAAACAAUCAGUCAAAUCACAAAUCUGGAGGCUUUAUUCUUUAAUCUUUACUCAUAAUGACCCCCAGUAUAAUCUUAUAUACUGCAACCAUACUAAUCCUAGUCCUAAGUAUGUAUAGCACCAGUAGAAGUCCCUGUUUGUCUGGUAAACACAAAAAAAAUUAUACAUAUAUUUUACUCAAUGAUUGUGAUGUCUUUGUUUGCACAGGUUUCAGUGUACUGUUAUUGUGAGUUGUGUGUGUGUGUGUGUCAUCUGCCGUAUAUCACUUGACAGUGUAUGUUUUUUUACAUUUACAUUUGAGGAUAUGUAAAACAUGUUUUUAUGUCACGACGUGGCCGUACUUUGCGAUACUUUUGUUCAAAAUCUAUAAUUACCAAAUCA